AUGGAAGGAGAGAGACUAAGUACCAAAACUGCUCAUAUUCUAAGAACGGCUGCAGUAACACCUGAUCAUUUCAAAAACUUAGGAAAUCAACACUCAUAUGAAUUCGGAGCUGUUGCCGAAUUCCUUGAUAAUUCAGUCGAUGCUGGAGCUACCGAAAUGCAUAUUGAUGUUGAGUUUAUUAAUUUAAACCCAGUUAUCACAUUCCUGGAUAAUGGUAAUGGAAUGAGCAGAGAAGAGUGUGUUAACAUAGCAGUUCUUGGAGAAUCCAAAAAAGCUGCAUCCAAUAAGAUUGGAAGGUUUGGAACUGGACUGAAAUCAGGUGCUAUGAAGUUGGGUGAAGACUUUGUGAUUUUUACGAAGAAGAAAGACUGUGUCAGUUGUGUUUAUAUGGGAACUUCCGCUUCCAAAGUAACAGGAAUCCAACAAGUAGCUGUAGCCGUGCCAUCUUUUGAAGAAUCUUCGUUCCACCCGAUUGAAGAAGGCAUGCAAAGGCACAAAUUAGAGAUGAAGACUAUCUUGGAAUACUCACCUUUUCGCACUUUGGAUGUCUUCUUCCAACAGUUCCAAAGAAUCCCUGGAGAGUCUGGAACUCUCGUUGUAAUGUAUAAUUUCCAUUUAAAUCCCUCUGGUAAUAUAAAUUUGGAUUUCGAUUCUGAUCCAAAUGAUAUAUGUGUCAAAGACAGUAGCUUAAAUAGGGAAAUGGAAAGUCUUAGAGAAUUUUUAGCAACCCUUUAUUAUAACCCCACGAUGAAGAUUUAUCUAAGAAAUAGCCGUGUAUUAACCAAAAGAAUGGCGUCCUGUCUUUAUUUUCCUAGAAAAUAUAAAAUUGAAACUAAGCUGUUCAAAGAGAGCGCUGCGUUAGCUCUUCAGAAGAUUGAGUUCUCGCUGGAUCGAAUCAGACAAGAGAGUAAUCGUGUAAAAGGAGAAAUGUCAUCCCUCUGUCUGGGUGAUCGAAGCAUGGCACCAAAUGAGCGCUUAAGAAACAAUGCUGAGAGACUUCGUAAAGAAACAAGAUUAGAACAAUUGAAUGAAAUUAUAUAUUCUUCUGAACAAGAAGUCAAUCGGCUGAAGGCAAUGAAGAAGUUCGAUAUUAACCCAAUUUUCGGAAUCAAUAUCCAUGAUAGGUCAAAGUAUGGGUUGAUUCUUCACUCCAACGGUAGAAUGGUCAAAAUGUACGAGAAGUUGCCUAGUCAGGAAAAAAUGCUCGCAAGAAACCAGGAUGAAUGGAAGUAUAUGGGAGUUGUCUGCUAUCUGAAUAUUCCGUACCACACAGUACCGCCAGCUAUCAAUAAAGAAACUCUGGCAACGGUCAAGGAGUACAAAGGUAUUUUGAGAAUCUUGAACGAACGUCUUCUAUACUACUGGGCGGAGUUCAUGAUGGAAAUCAACAAGUGUGGAAUGCAAUCGGCUCUGGAAUUUUGGAAGAAAAUUGGUUACUCAGCGACAGAUUGUUUAACACUACAGGAGCCCAGAAGGAGAGAAGCUUAUCUGAGAACAGGCUUCGAUGUGCAAUGUGAAAGAUGUGGCAAAUGGCGCUCUUUAGCUUUUACUGAAGAAUUAUUCAACAGCAAUAUUCCUAGUAAUUGGAGAUGCGAGGAUAAUCCUAAUCCUCAUUACAGGUCCUGUCAUAGACCUGAAGCUCUUGUAAAGAUCAAAGAUGGUAAAGAGGAUUUGGUUAUCGACGAUGAGAACUCCAUCCAAAAUGUAUCAAAACAGCGCGUAGAGAAGAAACGUUACAGUCAAAUAAAAACGGAGCAACCGCCUGAUCAUUCUUCAAUUACUGUUGUUGAGGAAAGACCAUAUCGACAGCAUCAAACUCAAAACCGAGCUUUCAUUCGCAUGUCUCUGGUGAAUGAUGACAUAGAUGAUGAUGCAGAUUUCGAAGUUACAGCCCCGUCGCCUUCUUUGCGUGAUCGCUCCUUACUGAAAAGACCAUUAAGUACUACCACGUUCGAGGAACCUGAUAGGAAACUCCAAAAUGAAAGCAAUCGUAUAAGAAAAACAAUUACACCUACAGGUCAGAGAGUUGGAGUUGUUCAAAAGACAACAACACCAUUGUCGACACCUCUGAAAAAACCUCAGAUUGUUUCAUUACAUCCUACUUCAGCGCCACCAAUCACUUCAAGUAUUUCAAGUUUCCGAAUUCCAAAAAUCAAAACAGAAGCUUCUACCUCCAACGAGUCUGUCGCUUCGAGUGGAAGUUAUAUACAGUCAGUGUCAUCUAAUGAUAUGGUCAUGCGUAAUAUUGAACGAAGUUGUACUGUUUCUCUUGACAUGAUCUGCUUCUUGGACGCUUUUGCUAAGAGGGGCUCCGAAACAGCUAAGAAUAUAGUGGAAGGAGCAACAGUUCCUAGUGACUACCUAGAAUUGGGUCAGAAAGUACUGUCUGAGUUGGAAGCUCUGAUAACGUUCGAAGCACGUACUGAAUGA